CAAUAAAAUACUUUCCAUUUAUUUUUAUUUUUAUUUUAAAAAAUUAGAUAUCUGAUGAGGGAGUGAGAUCAAUUUCAUGAAUGGAGUCAAGAUUGUGUACGGAAAAUCGUGUUGCCGAAAAGAUCCGAUGUUUGCCGAGGUGAUGGAACCUCGAUAGAUUUACAGAGCCAAGUAGUCAAAAACCUCGGCUCUCUCUAUCUCUCUCUCCUACCUACAAAACCCUAACAAUACCAUCCCCAACUCAUGUCAAUUAGGGUUUUCUGAAUUUCGAGAUUCGUUCUUCAUUUGAUUUGGUUUCAGAUGGCGGUUCCUGAAAUUAUGAAAUCGGAAUCUUUACGUUGAAAUUAGGGUCAGGUUUUGGUAUUCGCAACUCUAAAUUAUCUGUGACAUGGACGAUACUGAAGAUGAUGCUGGGUACCCUCCGAAACGGUACUCCGUCAAUCACCAUUCCUCCUUCAAUACGGCGCCGUCUUCCAACCGCCAGAAGCUUCCCGUGCGAAACGCCUCGUAUGCCCUUCAAGUCCCACCUCAAUACGACGUCGUAGAUGAGGAGGAGGACGACGAAGACAACGCCCAAGAAGAGGAUGAAUUGGAUGAAGACGAUGACGAGGAAGACGACGACGAGGACGACGAUGUUAUUGAACCCGCGGGAGACUCGGGGUUGAAUCCAAAGAAGCGGAAGCUGAGGGAUUUGGUUAACAAUUACGAGUUCGCCCCACGUGUGGUGCCGCCGCCGACCUCGAGGUUGCCGUUCGGCGGACGGAAUUCGUCGGCGGAGUGGACGGAGCACGAGACUUUGUUGUUGUUGGAGGCGUGGGGAGAGAGGUUUGUUCAGCUUGGGAGGAAGAGUUUGAGGUCUGAUGAUUGGGCCGAUGUUGCGGAGAAGGUCUCGGAGGGUUCCAAGAUUGAACGAACGGAUAUGCAGUGUAGAAAUCGAUUGGAUACGUUGAAGAAGAAGUACAAGAAGGAGAGGGCUAAAGUGGAGGAAAUGGGAGGUGGGAAUAGCAAAUGGGUUUUCUACAAGAAGAUGGAUGCGUUAAUGGGGUUGUCGCCAACUCCAAGUCGGCAACAGUAUGGGCUUGCUUGUGGGGUUGAUUCCGGGGAAUACGUGUUUAUGAAUCCCCGAGUUUAUUUGAAUAGGUCGAACGGAUUGGAUGAGAUGAGGGAUAGCCCUGGGAAUUCGGAGUAUGGUGAUGAUGAUUCAGAGGGGCUUCCUCUGAAGAGGACUAACCCGGGAGGGGACGAUGAGGAGGGAUCUUCAAUUAGGUUGUUGGCAGAUUCAAUUGAGAAGUUUGGUGAGAUUUACGAGAAGAUUGAGAAGACCAAGAGGCAGCAGAUGAUGGAGUUGGAGAAGAUGAGGAUGGAUUUUCAUAGAGAAUUGGAGUUGCGUAGGAAGGAGAUGCUAGAGAGAACUCAGGCAGAGAUUGCAAAAAUACGGCAAGGGGAUGAUGAAGACACUGAUGCUUCAGAUGAGAACUACAGUGGUUGAUGCAGCAGUUGAAGAUUGGACAAGGGAUUAUAACAUCGGAACCUUGCUGAAGUUGCCAUGGAUAAAGGGCCCCCCUUCUAUCAAUUCAAACAGAGAUUACCUGUUGUUUUUUCUGAGAGUUACAGAUUUUAUGGAAUGUAAUUGGCAUGGAGGCUUUGUAUGAUUAGCUUGAUUUUCUACUUUGAUUGGAAAUCGGUAAACCUAUGUUCAUUUGGCUUGAUUACUUAAUAUUCUCAUGUCUUCAAUUUUGACACGUA